ACCAGUUUCAGAUUCAUUCAUUCUUGAAGAGAAGUAACCACCAUCACGCGUUAUGUAACAAAUGAUUCCAACGAAUGGGUAAACGUUCAUAUAUGACGCUUGAAUUCUCUGACGGAGGUUAACGAAUGUUGGCGUGACGGUUAAUUGUAGCGAUCGCGAUCGCGAUCAUUGAAGAGGGGUGAAUGGAGAAGUGAAUCUGCGUCGUAUUCCUUUUCGAAGGUUAUGCAAGGUGAUGUUUUGAAGACCGAACUUCCUUAUUUUGACAUAUGCGUAGCAAAUAUUCCUUAGCAAAUAUCGUCUCCUCUCACAUUCAAGUUACUCAACCACCAACCUGCAUUUAGGUGUGCAAUCAUAAUGUUCCAAAGAGAAUUUGCCAUGAGAUUGGUCGCUCAACCAGGCGAUAGACUCUAUUGUCGUCUUACUGUGAACACACAACUCCAUGCCCGAAUCUCCCACCUCCUCAAAGUUGGAAGAAACAAUUUCCGACCUCCCCCUAAGGUCGAUUCCUGUGGUACGAAUUGAGCCUAGAAAGCCUCAUAUUGAAGUUAAGCAAAAGGAAUGGGAUGGAUUUUUAAGGAUUUGUUUCAACAGAAUGAACAAAACACUUGGCUCAUUAUUUAGGCAAAAGAAUGUGAUAUCUAUGCUUGAAAAAAACUACAACACUGUGCAGGCAUUGAAACUUGCACAAGAAGGCUCGCUUAAGGAAACAGAUGCUAAAGUGGAUUUUUCCAAUUUUGGUGAUUUUGAUUAUGACGAUCAAGGUAUGGAGGUGGACGAUGACGGAGUAGAUGAUGAUGAAAUGGAUGUUGAGGAUGGUGGCACAGAUGAGGUGCAAUCCGAAUUCAAAGAAAAGGUUUUAGGUGUUUUGAAAGAGGGAGAUUUUGAAGAGAAGAUGUCAUCCAAACUCACCUUGCAGGAGUUCCUAUACUUGCUUUCUCUAUUUAACAAAGCUGGCAUUCAUUUCUCCUGAAUAUACAUUUAUUCUUUCCUAAUUAUAUUUUUUCACUUUUUAAAUCAUAUUUUGGAAUUCAAUUUUUUCGAAAAGAGAG